GUCCAUAUAUGCACUUCGCAGUUGUAUACAUGUACACAUGCGAUACAAAUACAAUAAAAAUAAGUAUGAAAUUCUAGUGUCAGUUAAUUUGCUAUUGGUAACGGUUGUGUUUAGUGAUUGUACGUCUAGUUUUGUAGACUCAACUGUUUUUGUUGAAUAAAAACGAAUGUAUGAGUGAUAUUUUACAGUGCGAUUUGGUGCUGACAGCUAGUUAGAACAUGUGAUAUAAUAAGUUUAAAUAAAUCAAAACAAGAUCGACCACCCACGGGUGUCCGGUCCAGAAUUUCAGAAAUGAGGCUUUAGCUUGUGCGAGUGAUAAUACUUUCGGUUUCACGCUUCGAUGGCAUUUUGUUGAACCGACUACGAUAUAAAAAUAACGUGUUGUUAUGUUUUGGAUUCAUUCGAUGGACUUUUAACAGUUGCUUACCGUCCCAGCGCCAGCCCGCCUCAUCAAGAUGAUGGUCGAGACCAUAUUGGAGUCCUCUCAGGAUUUUGGCAUGUCGAACGGCAGCCUGCCGCAAUGGAAGCGCGAGCUGCUGCAGCGCCGCGCCGCGCGCUCCCGCCCAGCGCCGCCGCCCGCACCGCCCGCGCCCCCUCCGCCCCCGCCACCCACCGACGACGAGGAGUUGCGCUACGGGCCCGGCAUCGUCAAACGCCUCAAGUCCCGCUAUCUCAGCCUGGCACUCCGCGACGCGCCGCGCCGUCGCCCUUCCGUCUUGCGGCGCGCCGCAUCCCUAGAGCACCUGCUUGACGAGCCGCCCCCGCCUCGCCCCCGUCCCGUAUCGCUCGCGGUGCCUCCGGCUCCACCGCGAAGGGAUUCCGUCAAACGCGCUCGAUCCGUGGAUGCCCUGAGUCGCCUGGACGAGCCCGAUGCGGCCCCGCGCUGCCGGCCACCGCGCCGCCCCGCGCCCUUGCUGCGCGACACCGAGCGCCCGCCGCCCGACGUAGUACGCGCCGCCUUGCGCAAGUUCGAAUCGGCUCCGCCUCGGCGCGCCGCGCCCGCCGCCCGCGUGUCUGCGGUGUUGCGCGGUCUAGAGGGCCCGCGGUCCUCGACGCCCGAGCCUCGCGCGCGCUCCCCGAGCCCCGCCGCUGCCGAUCUCUCAGCUAUCGACGAGCCGGAGGGCGCCGCGAUCUCUGCUAAGCCCGUCUCUCGCGCAGCUCUCGAGGGCAUCGCUCGCGCCGGAUCCACUAUUCGCUACGCGUUCGAGUCUCCCAAAAAUGGAUCACAUCUACCGACGGUCGCCGCAGCCAACCCUGUGCUGCUGAGUCGCGCUCGCCUAUGGACUUCUCCGAGGCGCGUCGGAAUCAUCCGACCGAUGCCCGCACUGAGUUCCGAGCGUGGCGACACAAGCGUGACGCCACACCUCGAGGAUUGCAUCGAAAAGCCCGCGGAAGAGCCCCGCGUCGCGUCGCCGCCGUGCGAGCCGGAACCUCGCGGAGAUAAACGCGAGCCGCCUUCCGCCGCCGUCGAACCGACCUUGCGAUCGCCUCCAUCGGAAAUCGCACCGACAGAAACGAUCGGACUUCCGCCUACGAAACCGAUCCCGCCACCCCGCGAGCGCACCCCGGAUCUCAUCGAAGCUAAGUCGGAGCCGCGAGUGAUGGAAACCAUCCCGAAGCCGGCGCUGAUGAACGGGCACGCGGAGGGAGGGCGUACGCCCGAGCCAAGAAUUCGGACGCCGUCCCGCAUCGGCGCCGCGGGGAUAGAGCGUGCGUGGACCGGCGCCAAGGCGAAGAAGACCGGGGAGGUAGAGGAGAAGAAAGAAACGGAUGUGAAGCCGGCGACUUGGGGCCGCAAGCCCCGCCCUCCCGCGCCCGCCUCAACCUCCGUCGUGUUCAACUUCUCCAACCGCAAGGAGGUGCCCGAUUACAUCGAGAACGACGGCGUCAUCCGUCGCACCAGCCGCCGCAACAGGAUAAAGGUGAGUGCCACUGACACCUUCUAUACUAUACAGGAUGAACACAAGUUACAAUACUAGAUCAUCUUCAUCAUA